UCAUCACUGUCCAGAGUAGGGGUCCUUUGUUCCCCGGAGUCUGACCCUGUGUGGGCUUGCACUUCUCUCCAGGAGUUCAUUGAAGAGUUGCUGACUCCCCCCUUCGGGGGUCUGGUGGCAUUUGUGAAGGAGGCUGAAGCCUUGAUCAAGCGAGGGCAGGCUGAGCGGCUACCAGGGGAGGAAGCCCGAGUCACUCAGCUGAUCCGUGGCUUUGGUAGUUCCUGGAAGGCAUCAGUGGAGUCCCUGAGUCAGGACGUAAUUCAGAGUUUUACCAACUUUCAAAAUGGAACCAGCAUCAUCCAGGGGGCGCUGACCCAGCUCAUCCAGCUGUACCACUGCUUCCACCAGGUGCUGUCCCAGCCCCAGCUCCACGCUCUCCCUGCCAGGGCCGAGCUCAUCAACAUCCACCACCUCAUGGUGGAGCUGAAGAAACACAAGCUGAACUUCUGACUCAGAUCCACCGGGCCCUAAGCUACCAUGGACUGUGUAGGUCACACACUGUCACCUGGGACCCCUUUCCCAUACCAAGGCUUCCAUACAUCUCACUCUCUCACUCAGCUUUCAUUGCCAGGCCUCUGCCUCAACAGAGUGUGCCCAAGGCCACUCCCUGGGCUUCUGAGGUGA